AUGGAGUUCAAAAAUAAGAAAAUUAUAACGGAAAAUCAACAUGCUUUGAUUCGUUUACCUUCAGAUGGUAUGAAGAUUAUUGACUUAAAAACCGAUGGCAAGAUUAGUCUUGGUAAGUUUGGGAACUUCGAGGUUAAAGAUAUCGUUGGCUAUUGUUUCGGACAAUCCUUUGAAAUCUUGAAUGAUGGCACUGUAGUUCCAAUCAAAAGUAUGAGCGAGCAAGUUAAUAUCGAACAGCCUGAAGAUGAAGAAUUAGAUAGAGAUAUCUUAACCAAGAUAUUCUCCAAUAGUGCUGAAAAUAAUCAAAACAUCAUAAAUAUCGGUUCAAAGAUUCAAAAAUUGACUCAUGAAGAUAUAAACGAGUUGAAAGAGAGUGGAGCUUCUUCCAACAUUGGGCAAUUAAUCAUUAGUAAAAUGAUUGAAGGUCAUGAAGGAUUUGAUAAGAAAACCAUUCAUUCCCAACAAAAGUAUUUAAAGAGAAAACAAGCCAAAUUUUUAAGAAGGUUCACCGUGGAAUAUUUAAACUCUGCUCAGUUAAUGAACUAUUACAUGGAGAAGGAUUUGAACAGAUUAUUGGAUAUGAGUCAAGAAACUUUAGGUUUGAUGUUGAAUUAUUCCAAUGUAAGACCUGGUGGAAAAUAUUUAUUAGUGGAUGAAACUGGGGGUUUAAUUUUAUAUGCCAUGUUGGAAAAAAUGGGAUUUGAAGGUGAGGUGUUAUUGGUACAUGAAAAUGAACAUCCUAAUUAUAGUAUGUUGAAACAUUGUGACAUUCCUGAGGAUGUUUUGGAUAAAAGUGUCAAAUUCAUCAAUUGGUUACAAAUUUUAGAACCAUCAAAUGAAAGAAUAGAUUUCGAGGUCUUGUCUGAUGAACAGAUAUCUGGCUUAAGAGGAGGUAAAAGAGCUCAAUAUUUCAGAAGAUUGAAAAGAGCUAAUGAUAUCAAUCAUGUCAUCGAUUCCAUAGAAACUGGUAAUUUCGAUGGGUUUAUAUCGGUAACUACCUUAGAUGCCACCACAUUCUUACCUUAUGUCAUUCCAUUAGUUGGAGGCAGUAGACCUAUUUGUAUAUAUUCACAAUUCAAAGAGACUUUGAUGGAAAUCCAACACGGUUUAAUGAAUGAUAAACGAAUCUUAGCCCCAUCAAUUUAUGAAACCAGAGUCACACCUUUCCAAACCAUACCGGGAAGGUUACAUCCAGUUAUGACAAUGAGAGGUUUUGGAGGUUUUGUUUUGACAGGUACAAAAGUGAUACCUCAAGAAAAUGGUAUCCAAGCUGUUGGAAGAGGUUUAAGUAAGCGUAGAAGAGAAGAAUCCCCUCAAGUUGAAAAGACUGAAGAUAGUUCAGAUACCAAAUCUGAAGAUAUCAAAUCUGAAGAUACCAAAUCUGAAGAAGACAUUGAAAUAGAUGAAAAUUAG